AUGGAUAGCCAGUCGCUCGACACUCUAGAAACGAAGCAAGUGACACAGCAGAGGACUUUUGUGGUGCUGGAGCCGGUAAAGACUAAGAACAUUCUAGCAGGCCCCCUGAAAAGGUCAAGAAACGGAUGUGAGCCAUGCCGUAGAAGGAAAAAGAAGUGCGAUGAGCAGCAGCCAGUGUGUGGCCUCUGUCAGUACCGAAAUGUGGAGUGCACGUUUAGGGACAAUCCCAAAGUCACUAUCAAAAAACAUCAAUUCAAACCCGAAACUGCCCAGUCCCCAUCAAAAGUGCCUGAGGUCCAGACUGCCGAGGCUGUUCCCUCCACUGAAGAUUUCACCCAGCAAGCCUUGAUUUUGCCUUCAAGUCUGGUGGAAUUCAAAUCAAGUCUGCAACUGCCAUACAACGUUGAGAUUGAGAACACUUAUUCACACAUUCCUACAGUUUACGAUGAGUACUUCAGCCUAACCCCCCCACGCUUGCCCCUGUCGCCGCUCACGCUGGACUUGGAUGACUUUGGCCCCAUUUUCCUCCAGGGAUUUAUAGCAAAAGUGUCUAAAACCAUUUGCAUAGCCACUGAUGCUUCAAACUAUUAUUGCAAGACCAUAGUCCAGAUUGCAGCAACGGAUAAAAGCGUGCUAUAUGCCAUAGCAGCUUGGGGAGGUCUAUUCAUCGAAGGUUUCACCCCUACGGUGCAGGCAUACAUGACCAGGGCAAUAGAACUCAGUGACAAGACCCAGCUGGUACCGGGGAACUUGGGCAAAAAGGAACUCUAUGUGAUGUUCAGUUUCUGUAUUGUGAUGAUGGGUUUUCAUAUAAGCGCAGGAGAUGUGAGACAAUGGAAUGUGUUGCUCGGGAAGUGUGUCAAGUUAAUCAGUGAACUUGGAGGACUCCGAAAAAUGUGUGAAUUGUAUGAAUACUCCAACGACAUCAAAUUUCUUUGCUCAGCAUUACUGUUUCACGAUCUAAUGAGCUCUGCUGCUUUUAUCAAGGGUACUGCACUUCCCAUGGGCAGUUAUCUCGAAAUUUUCCGAGAUAAAAAGCUACUAGAGAUGGGCAAUUACGGCCUUGAUCCGCUUCAAGGCUGUAUCCAACCACUAUAUUUACUAAUGGGUGAAAUCAGCACAGUAGCGGCGGAAUUGAGAGUCAAAAAGAAGGUUAUAGCGGAGAAGUACGACCAGCUUGCAAAUAAGAAGCUUGCUGGAGUAUAUGAAUCUUCGAGACAGGAGUAUGAGCUUAAACUAGCCAGGAUCGAAUACUUUGAGGACGCCACAGAACAGUUCAAUAUACUACAAAGAAAAUUACAGAAUUGCCUUCCAAGCGCCGUUCAGAUGGAGCUGAUCAUGCAUGAUGAGAAAGAAUUGGAGCUUCAUCUUACUCUUUUUGACAUUUACAUGUAUACUAGCCAGUUGUGUUUGAACAGUCAGAUUAAAGAAAUGACUCCAGAAUCAUUUGAGAUUCAGAAAAUCUUGGUGAACGCCCUAAACUGCAUCGACGUGCUAAUCGAUACCAAAAUGGUGGCAUCGCUUUCGUUGGCAUUACUUGUGUGUGGGGUUGCGUGUUCCACUGACUGUGAUAGAAGAGAGAUGGAGCAGAGGAUAGAGAGAGUCAGAAAAGUGUACCCGGUCGAAAAUGUUGUCAGAAUCGUUGACGUGAUACAUCAAGUCUGGGCUGUGAAUGAUCAUGGCAAAGUGUGUGUGGACUGGGCCGAGAUCUGCCGAAAGAAGGGCUGGGAAUUGGCAGUAUGCUGA